AUGUUUCGUGUACGUACCUCGCUCGGACCUUUUCUGACGAGCAUCAGAAAUAAUGCCACAUCAUCUCUAGUUAAGACAAAAUUAGCGAAUGCAAAUACCGAGAUGACAAAAUUGGCAAAUGGAUUAAGAGUGGUAACUGAUUCAACACCGGGUCACUUCAGCGCCUUAGGAGCUUAUGUUGAUGCGGGAUCAAGAUUUGAGAAUCCCAAGAAACCUGGUUUAUCCCAUAUUAUGGAUAGGCUUGCUUGGAAGUCGACAGAUAGUUAUAGUGGAAUUGAAAUGAUGGAAAAUCUUUCCAAAGUUGGUGGUAAUUAUAUGUGCUCAGCUCAGAGAGAAUCAAUGAUUUACCAAGGCUCCGUCUUUAAUAAGGAUUUGGAUAGAAUGUUUGAUUGUAUAGCAGAAACAAUAAGAAGCCCUAAGGUGACUGAUCAAGAGCUAUUAGAAACCCUACAGACUGCAGAAUACGAGGUCAGUGAAAUCGCUUUAAAGCACGAAAUAUUUUUACCUGAAGUUUUGCAUGCAGCUGCUUACUCUAAUAAUACGUUAGGUUUGCCUUUAUAUUGUCCUCCUGAUCGAAUUCCUGAAAUUCAGAAGCAGGAAAUUCUAGAUUAUCAUACAAAGUUUUAUCAACCUCAAAAUGUUGUUGUAUCUAUGAUUGGGGUGCCGCAUGAGCACGCUGUUGACUUAGUUCAGAAGCGGCUAGGGGAUUGGAAACUGGUCUCUAAUUCCCGACCAGAUUUGGGAACCAUUAAUUAUACCGGGGGUGAAAUUUGCCUUCCUUACCAACCUCCAAUCACUUCAAAUCUACCUGAGCUUUAUCAUAUGCAGAUCGGAUUCGAGACUACAGGAUUGUUAAACGAUGAUUUGUACGCAUUAGCUACCUUGCAAAAACUACUUGGAGGUGGCUCUUCGUUUUCAGCUGGUGGACCCGGUAAGGGGAUGUUCUCAAGAUUAUACACUAGAGUAUUGAAUCAAUAUGCAUUCGUCGAAAACUGCAUGUCCUUCAACCAUUCUUAUAUGAAUUCAGGGUUGUUUGGAAUAACGAUCUCGUGUUCACCAAAUGCUGCUCAUAUCAUGUCUCAAAUUAUAUGUCUCGAAUUAUCAAAGUUGCUUGAAGAAGACCCAAAGAAGGGAGGCUUAACUGAAAGUGAAGUAAAGAGAGCGAAGAAUCAAUUAACUAGCUCAUUGCUCAUGAACUUAGAAAGUAAGUUGGCUGCACUUGAAGAUUUAGGGAGACAGAUUCAGUGCCAAGGUAAGAUUACUACUGUAGAUGAGAUGAUUCAAAAGAUCGAGAGCUUAGAUAUAAAUGAUUUGAGAAAUGUGGCAAGAAAAGUUUUAACGGGAAGCGUUGUAAACCAAGGUUCUAGUUCCGGCCGCCCUUCUAUUGUAAUGCAAGGUGAUAGAGCUGCAUUUGGAGACGUCGAAUUCAUUCUUCAGCAUUUUGGAUUAGGAAAAUACGAUGGUCCGCCACUACUUGAACCCAGAGACUUUUCAAAAGGGUCCAAGUCGAAAUUGUUCGGCAAGUGGUUUUGA